AUGGCUACCGAGGCACUGCUUCCGAUCGGCGCGGCCUUCGACGGCGCAACGCAGCACGAUCUGGACCGCGCCAAGGCCGAGGCGGGCGAGGCGUACUUCCCGACCGUGUUCAACCCGGCCACGGUGGAGCGCAAAGGCCACGUGGUGAUUGGCAAGGGCCGAGCGGGUGUCGCCAAGCGCACCCAGGAUGGCUUCAAGGUGUACUACGAGGUGCACGGCAAGGGCGCGAUCAAGGUGGCCUUUGUCAUGGGGCUCAACAACACCAGCUUUGGAUGGUUGCCGCAGGUAGACCAUCUGGCGCGCGACGAGCGCUACUCGUGCCUGGUGUUUGACAACCGCGGCGUGGGCAAUUCCGAGACGCCGGCGGGGUGGUACAAGACGUCGGAUAUGGCGGUGGAUACGUUUGAGGUGUUGGAGCAGGUGGGAUGGACGGGUGAGCGCAAUGUGCACGUUGCCGGUGUUUCGAUGGGCGGCAUGAUCGCGUUGGAAAUGGCUCGUCAGCGACCCGAGUUACUCGCCUCGCUCACGCUCAUCUCGACUGCACCGGGCAAGCGAUUCCACACGCCCACCUACGGAUUAACCUCGCUCGCGCGUGUGCUGGCGGGUCGUACGCUCGGCUUCGACAGCGAACAGUACCGUCUCAACCGCCUCAUCUCGACGCUCUUCCCCGAGUCGUGGCUGGCCGAGAAGAGCGAAAAGGAUGCAUCAAGGACCAACCGCGAGGUGCUGUACGACAUGUUCAAGUGGCGAUACGCUUUUACCAUUCGACAGCAGCUCCACGGUGCUGUCAGCCAGAUGAAGGCGGCCGUGACGCACUACAUCCCCGACGCCGACCUGGAGCGCAUCGACACGGCGGUGCCCAAGAUCUCGAUCCUCACGGGCGAUACCGACUUUCUCGUGGAUCCGCGCAACUCGGCGUACCUGCGCGACAAGCUGCCCAGCGCCGACUUCCACGAGUUCCCCAACGCCGGCCAUGCGCUUGGAAACCAGAUCGCAGACCAGGUCAACGCCAUCCUCGAAAAGGCUUUCGCCGACGCCAUCGCCGCCCAGCGCAACUAG